UCGUGCAGUAUUUUUGAACCACACAUUGAACCAUCCAGUUCAAAUUCAAAACAAAUACAGAAUGAGCAACAAAAAAAGCAACAAGAAAAAUAUAGUGAUGACUUUCAAGCGCUUAAGAAUAAUACAGAACAGGGUAACGUGAGUUCGUCUCAGCACUCUUCUACUACUUCAAACCAAAAAACGGAGGAUUCAAGUAAGCCCUUGCUAAAUGUCAAGAAUGCGAAUAAAGAGGCAAGUCUUGUAUUACCCGAUGCAACCCUUCGUGUAAUACCUCAUGUUAAAACAAUGGAACAAUGUCAUUCUUUAAAUAUUCUUUCGAUACGUGAAGCCUAUUGUCAACGCAGAUUCCACUUGAUUGCAUAUCGUGCAAGAGUACAGCCGGUAAUGUGCAAAUUACUUGCUGGUUUACAAUUCAUUGGACAGAACUGGACAGCGUCCUUGCGUAUAUCUGAUGAAUCCUGGGAGUCACUUGAUUGCUUAAUCGAUAACACAGCUAUACAUGAUCUUAUUGGCUUCACGCCACAAGAUGCUCAGCAAGCCAUGACAUCAAAUGAUCUCGUUCGCAUUACAUAUUAUAAGAGGCGUGCUCAGGCGAUGAUUGAAACAUUCAACCGAUUAGAUUUGGUGUUAACGGUGGAAUUCUCAUCCUCGCCAAAUGUUAUUCCUCUCAUCGUUAAUAUUACUAAUCUUGCAGCGGCGCUUACUUUAUGCUAA